AUGGCUCAGCAAGGUCAGCAGCAGCCGCAGCAGCAGCACCAGGCGCCGCAGAAUGUCACCACCAGCGACUACUCCCGCCUCUAUGGCGUGGCACCAGCGCUCAUGGGCCACCCGCGUCUCAUGUUCCCUUCCCAGCAGUUCCCUCAAGGCACUGAAGCUGGCGUCACAAACGCCAUGAUGUCGUCAUACAUGAGCGCCCAGGCCGCCGGACGACCCGCUUAUGUCUCCUUCCACCCAAUGAUGUCCAUGCCGCAAAUGAUUCCGUUCAGCGGCUCCAUGCCGUAUCUGCCGGCACACUCUACGAGCCUGCCGGCCAUGACGGGCGGCAUGCCCCAGCACAUCAACCCGGCUGCCAUGAUGUCCCAGGAGGAUAUGAGCCGCUUCGCAGUCAUGCCACAGAUGCAGAAGAAGACGCCCCGCAAGGGGAGCAUCCAAACGCAGGAAGAUGAGCUGGCAACCAACAUCCCCGACCUGUCAACAACAAAGCCAGAGCCGCCAGCCAAGCGCUCAAAGGCCAGCCGCAAGCCUCGCUCGAACAAGGAGCCGAAGCGGUCAAAGCAGUCGUCUGGGCGCGGGUCAUCGCGCAAGGACAAGGACAAGGACGGCGCGGGCAAGAGUGCCUCCUCUGGCGGAAAAUCAAAGGGGCCUCGCUCUGCACACUCCGCCAAGAAGGCCGCCGCCGCCAUGGCCGCAACUGCGGCACAGCAGCUCGCAGAGCCCAGCCUAACAGAGCUGCUGAGCAAAUAUGUGCGGCACCGCCCUCCCGUGUGCGACAUCAUGUAUGGCCGCAAGGACCACAUGAAGACGUGGGCAGAAACGGGUGUUCCCGGCCACUUCAAGCGCCCAUCCGAUGUCAAAGUGGAGAGAACCACGCCCACCUUUGAUGACAUUGUGCGCGAUGAAGGCUUUGAAGCUCGUCGCACGUCGGAGGCGAAGUUCCGCACGAAGAUGGUGGUGCAGCAAUUCGAGUCCAUCUUCAUCGAUGACCAGGACACCACCGAGCGCGUUCAGGCCCUGACUGAGGAACUUGACGAGGAGCGUGCGCAUGUCGUGGAUUCGCUGUCCAAGGACGAUGCAGAGAAGCUUGAGUCUUGCAUCGACUACCUCAAGGAAUGGGACACGGUCGCGCAGGAGCAGCGUGUUGCGCUUGACAAGUGCCUGCGCUCGUUUGAGAAGCUGCCAGACUCACAGCAAAGAUCCAUUGCAUCCAUGAUUAACAAGCAUGGCCCUAAGAGACCCCGUAGAUGA